ACUUUUAAUAUCAUCUUUACUAAUUAUCAUGAUCAUAAUCAUCGUCACCAUCAUUAAUAUCAUUUAUUCUGCAAAGACAAAUCAAGAAAACAGUUAAUACAAACAAUAAUAAAACUUUAACAGUUUGAUUCAAAUGGAUGACGGAAAAAGUGAAAGAUUAACUCAAAGGAGAAUUAACCUCAAACUACAUGUUCAUUUCAGUUUGUAGGCCAUUCAAAACAUCUGAAAAUUAUAAAGCAUCAUACAUUUGACGAAAGGGAGGACGUAUCUCUUCUUCAGAAUCCUUCGUCUUUCGUCGCUCUGAGAAUUUUCAGAACGUCGCCAUUGUGUUUGCGCACGGCCCGUUUUGUGACUUAUCGCAUGAAUUCGACUGCUUUUGCGUACGUACGUUUCCCAGCUGUAAACUGUAAAAUGAUCACUUUAGAUCACAUCAUUUUCCCCAUCGUACUUGGGUUUUUUUCUCCAGAAUUUUGUUUAUCCACCUUCAGAGCAGCUACCUAUAGCUUGAAUAUGGUCUGGAAACCGAUGAAACGAUUUCCCCUUGGUUUUCGAGGAACAAUUAUUACAACCAAACACUUGGCAGUACACCAUGUUCGACGUGUAUUGCAUAUAGAUACAUCAGUUCUCCAUGCGAUACGUCACAACCCGGAAGUUUUGAAGGGAAAUGUCGACAAAAUGGCAGCUUCCUUGGGGAUCAGACAACUUCGUAAAUAUGGCGAAGUAGGGUCUCUUUAUUGUAUUCUUCUUUAUUGUAUUCAUACUGGCAGUUUCAUCGGAGUACACCGAUAGAAAGAGAAUUUCAUCGCCUAUUUCCCUUCUUUCUAUCGGCUAUUAUAAUACCCCUUUCAUAUAGGGCGCUAAUUUUCAUCGGAUGCAUCCGGACGCAUUCGAUGAAACGGCCACUAUGAAUGGUACAGAGGAGAAAUAGCCGAAAGAAAGAAGAGAAAUAGGCAAUGAAAUUCUCCUGCUCAAGCUCAAGAGCAGGAGAACUUCUCUUAAUAUCGGUGUGACUCUUUAUUGUUGUUUUGUUUUCAUGAAGUACUCCAAGCCCGCAGUCACACUGGUGGAACGGACGAUAGUUCUCUGGAAUGGUACCUUAAUGUAUAUAAAGCAUCAGUUGUUCCAGACAUAAUAAAUAACAGGAUUAAUACCAAAGAAGGGAUUGGUUACCACCCAAAGGUGUUUGGUGAUGCUUCUAUAUCAACUGUUUACGCCAUUGGACGAGAAUGGAUAAAGACUUUUCCGUAUGCUGCGGAACCCCCCUACACCAACGCUGAUCUUAUGCACGCUCUUCAACCCAACGCAAAGUUUAUUCUAAUGAUACGCAACCCAACAAAGAGAGCCGACUCGUUAUUCUGGUAUACACACCUUCCAAGUCCAGGUGACGCUGACAGAUGGCAUCAACAAGUUACCACUUACAUCCAGUGUUUCAAAAAAUGCGUCCAAGACCACAAUCUAAGGUUCUGCGCAUAUGCUGCAGAAUGUCCCUACGACCUAAUCCCAGACCUGCAAGUGGGUAUAUAUCACGUGUACAUCCGUGAUUGGUUGAAAGUCUUCCCACGUGAUAAUUUCAAGGUGAUACGAUUGGAGGAUUGGGAAGCCGAACCUGUCACAGUCUACAGAGAUCUUCUCAACUUCCUCGAUCUAAGACAACUGAGUGUGGAUGAAGAGAAUAGAAUACUGAAAAGGAGACGUAGUAAUCAGAACCAAAGACAACAUGAACAGACACAUCCAGAGACAUUGAACGCCCUCAAUGAUUUUCAUCGACCGUUUAAUGUGGAACUUGCGAAACUCAUGGGAGACAAUAAAUUCAAUUAUCCUGAUUAUAAAGGUUAAGGCGUGUAACCAUGACAACAGUAUCAUGAAUGCAUGCCAGUGUCAGGGUUAAUAAAGUGCUGAGCAAAUUCAUGAUGAAUAUUGAUCAUGUCCCAUACACCCGUCAUGCCCGCAACCAUAGUAAUCAUAAUUAUGAGGGAAAGGGUUUUGGGAUAGAUCGUGUUUUAAUGAAAGAAAAAUCAACAUUUCAAUUCUGCAUGAUAAUAAUAUGUUGAGAAAUAUGAAACUCAUUAUUUUUGUGUAUAUUCUUUUUUUUCUAACUUUUCAGUCUUUUUCUGGAGAAAAAAAGGCAUCGUUUUGUUCUAGUUUUGGGGCUGAAAUAACUGUUUAGUGCGGUUAUAUCUUUUAAUUAUGUGAUUGUGAUAUAUUUUCGUCCAAUACUUUGUGACAUAAUGAACAACAAUUUUUUUUUUAAUUUCUGAUAGUUUAUCAAAUGAUAAAAAAGCUUUUUUUAAAUUAUGUUGCAGUUUGGUAUAAACUAUUUUAUGUACGAAAAAGAAUUGGAGUGUUGAGAAUUUAAAAUCAAUGAAAACACAAAAAUUGUGACCUUGAAUUAUAUGAAUACUUUGCUGCAAAAUUUGAUACUAUUCGUAUGAUUUUUCUUUUUAUAAAUCUGAGAAUGUAUUGUAACGUGUGUCAGAGGAAUGGGGUAGCGCUUUGAUUUGAUUUUCGUACAAACGAAUCGGAUAGAGAGAAGGUGCUGAUCUCUUAUUUGUAUAUAGUCCCUUCAGUACGAUGGAUCAGCAGAGUUUCGCCAUGUCGGUUCGAGUUGGGCACAAAAUGGUGAUUACUACUUUGUUUGGCCAGCACUAAAACAAUGUAUAUAUAUAUAUAUACGCCAUGUUUUCACCAACUGAAUUCAAGUUGGCCCAAAUCUGUGCUUAGACUGCUCCGAGUCUCUUGAUAGAAUAGCAAAAGUUUCUGAAAAGUGUUCUAACAUCGUAAUUAAACGUGAAUAACUUCAUGUACUUUGGAAUGUAACAUUAUCUUGUUUUUGCUUCUCCUAUCAAUUCAAUAUUGUCACCUUUGCUUUAUUUUUUUAUCUAUUUUUCUUCUUCUUUUUUUUCUUUCUUUCUUCUUUUCUUUUUCUUUUUCUUUUGUCUGUUAGUUCGUUCUAUAUUGGAGUGUGUUUUGUAUAUUGUUGUACUUGUUAUGUGUGGGGCGGGGGGUAAUAGGUGUUUUCUAGCUCUUUCUCUUUUUAUAUAUAUAUAUAUUUUUUUUGUCUCUAAAGGAAAUUUAAGAGGAAAACAAAAUAUUGUGGAAAAGAAAUAUUUUGAGAUUUAUAAGCAAACUGGUCCAGAAAAUAGUACAAAUUUUAUUUGCGAUUUUUUUUUUUUAAUGUGAAAAUAUAAUUUUGUUUAUGUGAAUAUUUUUCAUCUGCUAAUGUGUAACUUUAGUUGUAACCUUCUAUGUAAAUGUAAAAGUUCAUUUGAAAAUUUAUUUAGACCUA